AUUCAUAUCACUAGAAACCAUCACCACCGCCGCAUCAUAUUUCUAUUCUUUUAACUGAGAAAUUAUUGAUUUUUUGGGACUUUUUUUUCGCUGAAAAAAAUCUGGAAAAAUUUCUGACAAAUUUCUGAAAAUGGCUUUAAUGACGCAGAGAUUACUGGAUGAAGAGAUAGCGAUAGAUGAGGAGACGGAGAGAAGUAGAGAUACGGAAAGACACGAAACACACGUGAAUCAAUGCGAAAUGAGUUCCUCAUUCUCCGCCACGUCACCAUCUACAUCAUCAGCCUAUCAAUUAGAAGAGCACAUUAGUGCUCCGCGAGCAACUCCAGAGCUGCCGCCCAGUGACCCCAAACGAAGAAAAUGGCAAUCCCACCCGGGAAGAAAUCGAUUCGGGUGUGGUGGGCGACUUGUGUGCUCACGGAGCCAUGGAGCAUUUGUGGUUACUGUAAUUCUGAUGAUUGCCACUUUGACAGUGUAUUUCGUUUUUGACGCACCAUUCCUUUGGGGAUACUCCCCUGCAAUCCCGAUUGUCGCCGCAGUACUAUCCUUAAUAGUUAUCACAAAUUUCUUCGCCACAUCAUUCACGGACCCCGGGAUCCUGCCACGUGUCGAUAACAUUGAAAUUAUCGAAAUGGAUCGACAACAGGCAAAUGGAAAUGGGAUUAAUGACGUUGCUCAUUUGAGGCCUCGUUUUCAAGAUGUCGUUGUGAAUGGGGAGCAUGUAAAAAUGAAAUAUUGUACGACGUGUCGGUUAUAUCGGCCACCGAGAUGCUCACAUUGUGCAAUUUGUGAUAAUUGUGUUCUUAUGUUCGAUCAUCAUUGCCCGUGGGUCGGCAACUGUAUCGGACUCCGAAAUUACACGUAUUUCUAUCGAUUCGUAUUUUGUCUUUCAAUUCUUGUGAUCUACCUAUUUGCCAGUGCAGUCACACAUAUCAGUUUAUUAGCUCAAGAGAUGCCAUUCGGAGAUGUCAUGCGAAAAACUCCCGGGUCUGCAGUCGUCAUUGUCAUAUGCUUUUUCACAACGUGGUCAAUUAUUGGUUUGGCAUGCUUCCAUACUUAUCUUCUGUGCGCGGAUCUUACGACAAAUGAAGAUCUAAAAGGCCUGUACCGCCGGAAGCAUCGUCCAACACCUCCAUCAUCUACACCAUCAACAUCUGCAGCUACCAAUUCUUCUGUAGGACAUUCGACAAAAAAUCCAUUUUACGCUGGAUGCUUCAAGAGUUUUUUUGGAAGACUGUUCAAGUCCAGAUUUCCAAGCUUACUCGACGCCCGCGGCUACCUGGACCCACAUCCGACAAUCGAAAUCCGAGUUCCGAAAAAAUCGGAAAAAUCGAUCGAAAAUCAUUAAAUUAUCGAUUUUUUGUUCCACUUCUUCUUGUCACCGGUUAUUAAGCGGCUACGGGUGCAUUGAUUUUCCGAGAAAAUGCAAUAAAUUCUUGAAAAAAA